AUGAAUGACGGUACACUCGUCAUUCGUGGAGAGAAGGUUCCGUCGCGAAAUGUAGGCGGUGUUGGUUUUGUUGUGCACCCAUCUGUCGUCCAUCUCGUCGAUUCUCACGAGAUCCUGUCACCUCGUCUGGCCAUUCUUCGCCUCCGCCCUCUGCGCCAAAAAUCCAUCAGUAUCAUCAACUGCUAUUCACCAACAUCAGCAGCUGAUGAUUCCGAAUUGGGCGCGUUUUACGAGGAGCUGGAGGAAGUAGUCGACAACGAGAAGUCCUUUUACAAAUUCGUUGUCGGAGACUUCAACGCAAAACUAGGAAAGGCCACAGAAGAGGAAUACAGGAUUGGAAGAUUUGGACUAGGGGACCGGAAUGAAAAUGGCAAUCGUCUCGCCGUGCUGUUGUCCGCCGCUCGCCUCUUUCAUGGGAAUUCUCUUUUCAUGAAAAAAGAUCAUCGUCGGUGGACAUGGGAAUCGCCCAAUGGCGCGACUCGUGCGGAGAUCGACCACAUACUCACCAACCAGAGGUGGUGUCUACUUGACGUCUCAGUAGUACCAUCCUUUUGUAGUGGUUCUGAUCACUACAAAAGGAUGGUACUACUGAGACGUCUCCUUCGUGCGAAAAUACGACUUAGCCACACGAUGGAAAAGAACAUCUGCUAUCGGCAACGAAGGAGAAAAAAGUCGUCUACGAGGAUUGCGUACUUGAGGACUCCCUGUCCCAAGGUGACUGGCACAUCGAGGAGGACUCAAACGUGGACUACGAGAUGCUGCUCAGAGGCCUGUGCUGAGCGUGCGUCCAGACCGCGCACGAAAAACUUGGAUCGAAUUUCAAAGGCCACCAAGGAAUUGUUGGUAAGAAGGACUUCGAAGCUUGAUCCAAAUUAUUCGCACAUUGAGCGGUUAGUAGCGAACACUAGCUGCAUAGAAGCGUUGCAGGAGGAUCUUUCGAAAUACAGGCAGAAGAAGCAGCACAAAGAACGAGUCUAA